AUGAGGCGCUGGUGGCUGGUCGGAGUGGGUAACGGCGCCAGGUGGGAGAGUCCUGGCAGAUGGGUCAAGGCAGGCCGCAAGACCUGGAUGAAGCCUGCCGGGACAGGGAAGAUGCUUCGCUCUCUCGUCGUGGACGGUGGACACGGAGCUGGCAGAGAGACGAAGGUGGAGUCGAGGCGGCGGAGGCGGCGAAAGGGCGAGCAAGUGUGGGAAGAGGAGCAAGAUGAUGGAAAUGAGAGCGCCGGCAAUGGAGCCGGCCACGACUCGACAAACCUCGUAUCCUGA